AUGCGCUGGUUCCGCCACGAUGCCUCCUUCUACUGGCUUACGGCCAGCAAUCCGUCCGUCCUGUCGGACAUUGUCCGGUUGUUCUCCGCCGCCUAUGUCGCCCCCCACGAGAAUGACCUGUCUCCGGUGCCGAUCCAGCGCAUCGCUCGGACCCUUCCCUUCCUUCUGUCGUCGGCCGAGAAGACCCGCUUCGAUGUGGAUGCCUAUUAUGCCCUAUCUCGCCGGUCGACCCCCUACCAGUACGGGAUCUCCCCCUCGGAGGAGUUCAUGCUGGAGGAGCGCAUCCUCAAGUACCUCGCUGAGCGGAAUGUUUCUCUGCCCCUCAACGUGGAUGACACCGAGUAA